GUAUUAGUUAAUGCCAAAAAUCGAAGCGGAAGUUACACCCACACCUGGAUACCUUCAAACACACACAGCCACGCCACCGCGGUCGCCAUGCCCAUGACAAGGCCAAGAAUUGCAGUUAGGGGCAACGCGGCGGGGCCAUCUCGGCGGCAAUAGCAAUAGCAAUACAUCAUAAAAAAAAACACCAACAAAAAUAUAUAUACCCCGAAAUAACGACACCACGUUACGUUGCGUUAACGAAGGUGGCGCGAGUGGUUCGAUGUGGUUCCAGUUCGAGACCAGGUGGUGACGUGACAGCAGCGGCGGCGACGGCGUGGGUUCAAGAAAAUGCACGUUAAACACACUCAGCGCCGAGUCAGCGGUCCUGGAGCCUUCGGAACCUUUACCAACGAUCAACGUGCCAGCCGCGACAACUUGUGCCCGGAGAUCGGCAGCAGCAGCAGCAGCAGCCAGCAUCAACAGCAGCCGCACCAUCAGCAGCGCCACUCGCACUCGCACCAGCACUUGGUGCGCCAGUCUCUGGUGAGUCUCAGCAACGGGCAGCCGGCGGCUUCAUCAUCUCCAGCGGCGCCGGACAGCGUCUCGCUGCUGCGGGCGUCGGGCGAUGAUCAGCACAGGUCCUCCCAGCAGCAGCAGCAGCAGCAGCAACAGCAUCUACUCCAGCAACAGGGUCAACGGCAGAGGAGCAGCAGCAGCCGGCUAUCCACCAGUGGCAUCUCCAAGCAAAACUCCAGCGACAGCAGGAGCGGCCUGCGCAUCCUCGAUCACAGCAGUCACAGUCCGGUGAGCUGUGGCACCCAAAGCGUGAGCAGCACUGGCGGCCAGUCGGCGCUCUACGAUGCCUGUCACGAGUAUUCGCGUAGCUUGAGUGCAGCGGCGGCGGCGUCGUCAGAAGGUGCAGCCGGAUCGCUGCUCAAGAGCCACUACAGUGAUCAGCAGUUGGCCCAUCCAGAGCCAGAUCCAGAACCGGAUCCGGAAAGGGAUAGAGAUAGGGAUCGGGACAGGGACAGGGAGCGAGAGAGACGCCAUCUGACCAACCUGAACCUCAACCUGAACAGCGAGUACGACUACAGUGGCAGCGACAAGCAGCAGCUGGUGAACGAGACUUACAUCUUCAAGUGCAUCGCCAAUAGUCCCUCGUUCCUGCGCACCAACAAGAUCAAGGAGCAGUCCAAGAAGCUGCGCAAUCUCUCCCUGAAGACACGCACAGCGAAGAAGAAGGGCCAGAUCAUCUCCAAGUCGAACGCGGUGUCGGAUAACUCACUGCAUCCGGGCGACAAGUACCUGAACUUGUAUCUGGUGGAGAAGAAGCAUUCGCUGCAGCCGCAGGUGGCCAGCUCCAGCUCUACGCCCCAUCCGCAGCAGGCCUCCUCGGCGCCGGCCAGCUCAUCUUCCACGUGCACCCGUUCGCAGCAGCCACAGUUGCCAGCCUUAUCCGCGGUCGCUGCCCGCCAGCAACAGUUGCUGCUGAACGGUUCGCUCAAGGGCAAGACCAAGACAUUGCCAGCCGGCGGCCACCGGGCGUCGGUGAGGAGCGAGAGUGGAAGCGGAGGGAGCAGCCACACCAUUCCGGCGACGGGCAAGAGUCCGGCGCAGGUGCCGCAAUCGCUGGCGGCCAAGAUCAGUAGCAGCUCGGCUAGCGGCAGCAAGAACUGCAACCUGCUCAGCGCCAGCAGCAACUCAUGCCACAAGCUGCAUGCCCACGCACACGGCCACGGACUGGGAGCAGCAGGCACUGGAUCAGGGACAGGAUCUGGAGCAGGAGCAGGAACUGGGCACGCGCAUUACGCAGCGGCCGCCUCGCCCAAGAGCUCGGUGAGCAGCAACGGGCAUCUGAACAAGUACUGCCUCACGGACCUCACGCGCCGCAAGGCCGAGUUCAAUCGCCAGCUCAGCGCCCCGACGGACUACACCCAUCACUUCAGCAACGGGUCGCAGCAGGAGGGCUCCUCGGAGGCCAACGAGGGUCACGAGCCGGUCGGGGAGUCCACCAUCACGGUAGCCAGUGCCGGUGUGCCAUAUCCGCAUCCGUACUCGUAUCCGUAUCACUAUCCCCAUCAGGCCUCGGCCACAGCGCCGGCCAAUCUCAAGGCGUCCCUGCAGCUCCACAGCUUCGGGGGCCACCAUCCGUGUCCUUAUCCAUCGCGGCCCACGUCCACCUCGUGCACGAACAGCUUCAACCGGCGUCACAUCCGUCGGCACAAGGGCAAGCUCGGCGAUCGCCUGCUGAGCGGCGAUAGUGAGGAAUCGGUACGCUGCUCCUAUUGCUCGGUGCUGAAUGUGAACGAGAACGACCUGCGCAUUUCGUUUGAAAACACCUGCACCGACUCACUGGUCACCGCUUUCGAUGAUGAGGCCCUGCUAAUAUGCGACCAAGGAACCGAAAUGGUACACUUUGAUGACGUGUCGUUGUACGGCACUCCGAAAGAGGAGCCCAUGCCCAACAUACCGAUCGUUUCGGAAAAAGUCUCUGCGAAUUUCCUAAAAAGUCAAUUGCAAUCAUGGUUCCAGCCGACGGACAAUCGUUUGGCCAUGAAACUGUUUGGCAGCCGCAAGGCGCUGGUCAAGGAGCGCAUACGUCAGAAAACUUCCGGGCAUUGGGUCAUACACCCGUGCAGUUCAUUCAGGUUUUACUGGGACCUUUGCAUGCUUUUAUUAUUAGUAGCAAAUCUUAUUAUCCUGCCAGUCGCAAUAUCAUUCUUCAACGAUGAUCUGAGCACACGAUGGAUUGCCUUCAACUGCCUAAGUGAUACUAUUUUUUUAAUAGAUAUUGUAGUCAAUUUUAGAACAGGAAUUAUGCAACAAGACAACGCUGAACAAGUAAUAUUGGAUCCAAAGCUUAUAGCUAAACACUAUUUAAGAACUUGGUUUUUUCUCGAUUUGAUUUCGUCGAUACCGCUAGAUUAUAUAUUUUUAAUUUUCAAUCAAGAUUUCUCUGAUUCUUUUCAAAUAUUGCAUGCCGGACGCGCCCUGCGCAUCCUGCGCCUGGCCAAGCUGCUCUCCCUGGUGCGACUGCUCCGACUGUCCCGCCUCGUGCGCUAUGUGUCCCAAUGGGAGGAGGUCUAUAUUCUGCAGAAUCUACAGAAAAGUGCUGAUCGCAGAGGGAGAAUGCACAGAAAAGACAAAGAUGGCUUGACAAAAAGCAACCUAAUUCUCAAGUUCCUCAAUAUGGCCUCGGUCUUCAUGAGGAUCUUCAAUUUAAUUUGCAUGAUGCUCCUGAUCGGCCAUUGGAGCGGUUGCUUGCAGUUCUUAGUGCCAAUGUUGCAGGGUUUUCCAUCCAACUCCUGG